AAGGCCAUAGCAACACACACGUUAACGAUAAUCCCAUUUGUUUUGUGUGUGAAUUUCAGAAUUUUCGUGCAGCUAGUCAUCUUAAAUUAGUUCAAAAUGAGUUCCCAUGAUGAAGAGGAGGAUACAGGACCAUCUGUUGAUUCUACUGACCCAGAAGAACGUAUUGCUGCCAGACGCCUUAGGAUAACUAAAAGAGUCGAAGCAGCGAGGAGGGAGAAACUUGGCGAGGACCCCGGUGCAAAGAAAAAAGAGGACAAAGAAGAAGCGAGCAAGAGUAGAAAGCAAGUUGAGGAGAGCAGACAGAGGUUGACCAAACUUCAAAGCCAUGGGACUGAGUUGGUGACCAAUGUUCGGGUUGCGGCUGAUUCUCGUGAAGCACAGAGAAGGGCAGAAGAAGAGGAAACACAGAGACAAAGGGAUGAAAAGCUUGAAGCAGAGGCCAAGGCCGGCAUGGAGCGCUUUGAGGAGAUCACGAAGCGCUGGGAGCAGGCUAACGGGAGAGACAUUCCACAGGAGCUUCAUGAUAUCUUGAUGCAGCAGAAGGCACUCUGUGAUGCCAUGAUAGAUGAGAAGAACAAGCUCAUCAAUGACUUUCAAAUGGAAUUGAAGUCUCAAGAUGACCAGUACGUGAAAGACCUGAAGAAAGAAGCCGAAGAUAUCGAUCUCAUGAUCGAGAGAAUGGAAGAACAGGUCAAGAAUCUCAUGAAAGCCUACCGAGAUGAACUCAAACAGAUCGAGAGAGCAUUUGAAACCGAGAGGGAGGAGCUCCUGGACAACAACAAGCGUAAGUGGGACCAGGCCAUGGGAGGGAGGAGGGACCAGGAGCUGGACUACAUGCAUCAGAGGGAGAAGAGGGUGGAGGAGUACGAGCAGCAGAUCCAGCAUCUUAGGAUCCAGGAUGCAGAGGAGUACAAUAUGGUUAAGAUCAAGCUGGAGACCGAUGUGCAGGUACUUGAACAGCAGCUGCAGCAAAUGAAGGCAACUUACCAGCUCAACCAAGAGAAGUUAGAAUACAACUUUCAGGUUCUCAAGAAGAGAGAUGAGGAGAACACCAUCACAAAGUCCCAGCAGAAGAGAAAAAUUACAAGAUUACAAGACGUGCUGAACAAUCUGAAGGUCAAGCUAGCCAAGCAGGAGAAGCAAUACAAAGAAGAAAACCAGGGAUUGGCUGAUGAUUAUAAGAGGAUUACUGAGCAGUUUAAGGAACUACAGAAGAAAUCAAAACAUUUCCAGUCGACAGACACCAAGAAAUUCCACGACAUCUGGCUGAUGAAUGAAGAGGAAGCCAGAGAGUUGAGUGCCAAGCUGAUGGAGCAGGAUCGCAUCGUCUCGGAGCAGCAGCUAGGGUUACCAUGGCAACCGCCUGCCGAUCACUCUUUCAUGGAGAACGUCGGACCCCUGACGACCGAGAAGAGCAAGAAGAAGCCGGUCUCGGCCCAUGAGGUCCUGAUGGAGGUCAUGUCAGACGGGAGCUACAUGGAGGAAGGGAGCGUGCAGGAGUCAGAGAGGGGUGAUGGAGGGGAGGAGGGUUCCCCUAGGGAGAGGCCGGAGGGGGACGAGGAGGAGGCGGCUCGCAGGCUGUCGGUCCAGACCGUGAAGCAGAUCUUGGAGCUCAUAUGCGACGAGUCGGGUUUCCUGGUAGAGGCCAAGCUGAACAAGCUCCUAGCCCCACUGGAGAAGGACGAACGAUGCCUCAUGAAAUUGGACGCCAUCUUUGCCGCUCUGGGCAUCGAGACUGAAGAGGACAUCCAUAAGUUGGCUGGUUACUUCCUACAAGCCGUGCAUGGCAAGGAUCAUGAUCAAGUACCGGAGGGUGGAGAGGAGAUUGCCCAAGGAACAGAAGAUCAGCCAGGCAGCCAAGAAAUCGCUGCUCAGGACUCAGUCGAUGCUGAAGUAGCAGUCAUCACGGGCCAGGGCCAGGACCAGAGCGAGACAGGCUCGGUCCGGUCGACCAAGUCCAACGUCUUGGAACUCAUCCAUCCCAACGAUGCCUUGAGUGCUAUGAGGAUGUUUGUGGAGGAGAACAGGAAACCUACCAAGGAGAAAGUGAAGUACCAGACAUUCCGCAUCAUUUCAGGAGAAGACAGAGAUUCAAGUGAGGAUGCAGAUUACUGGAAGAAGUUCCCAUCGGUAAUAUCAGAGAAACAAGGGAAGGUGUGGACCGCGCUCAUCGAUGGGUUCGAGAAAUACAGUGACACUCUUCACGAGAGAGCCAAGCUGAUCACCGAGACAGACGGUUUACGGCAGCAGAACGCAGAGCUUCGUAUGCUCCUGCACCAGUACAUCAACUCACGCGUUAACCAAGAGUUGGAGAUCCCUCCCACACGCAUCCUCAACCUGGAAGUACCCCAGUAAUGACAAUGGAAUGACCCAUGGGUACAUGAAGACACAUUGGGAGUGGGCAAAUGUAUUCUGCGAGGAGGGGUGUGGCGCAUAAGGUUUCAAAGCUUUAUCCUUCCUCUGUUAUUCGCAACUAUUGCAGCACUGCCAUGAUGAAGAUGAAAUAAUUGAAUGUUUAUCUGGCAGAUUAUAUUUAACAAGCAGUGAUAUGUUAUUGAGCCAUCACAAUAUUUUCCUUAUGAAACAUCCUUUUAUGAAGCACAUGCACCAAGUCAAAAUUUGUAUUCAAGUGCAAAAAGUUAUAAUCAAAUCAAUAACUUUGUAGAAUGAUGAAUGAAUUCAUGGACUUUGUGCGAUGUUUCUUUAGAGCACUUACAGAUAGAAAACUGCAUGGCGUUACAGCACAUUACGAGACAUAAUGGUACAGUUAAUGUAUAUUGAACAAAAAUAUCAAUUUGUUUUGAAAUGUCCGAUGUGUAAGCUUAAUACACAUCGUGCAGUUAUCCAGCAUUUUAUGUGUGUAAUUGUACACAUUUUUAGUCCCAUAUCAACUUCCAGGGAAAAAAAAGAAAGAAAUAAUGCUUAGCAGUAUUCAAAUCUGUUUUUAGAAUGAAUGUACAUAUAUGUAUACAAAUGUAAAUGUAUGAGUGUAUAUAUAAAUCUUGUAUCGAUAUUUGGUGUAAUACAUAUGAAACUAUAUGAGAAAAUUGAAA